AAGGUGAAAGAAGAGGAAGAAAAGCACUGAGAGGAAAUAUAAAGACACAUUUUGGGACGAAUCAGCGAGGUUGUGAAAUUGAAGAGCUCCCUCCCGACGACCCCUGCAGAAUAAUAACAAGCACAAAUCCGUACAAGUCUGGGAGCUUCAUGAGUGUGUGUCCAUAACAGCCACUCUACCUGUGUGUGUGUGUGUGUGUGGCACCAUGCUGUGGACGGUGCUACUAGCUCUGUUGGUGCUUCUGCUGCUGCAGACUCAGCUGUCUGUGUGCUUAAGGGAAUUACGCUCUGGGGUUUCCAGAUCCCCUGCCGCCUACUCCACUUCAUCAUCCUCAUCAUCUUCCUCCUCCUCCUCUUCUUACAAUGCAACCAAGCAGCGGCUGCCCGGAGCUAUUAUCAUUGGCGUUCGGAAAGGUGGCACCAGAGCCCUGCUGGAGAUGCUGAACCUGCACCCAAACGUGGAAGUCGCUAAGGCUGAGGUGCACUACUUCAAUGUAGAGGAGCAUUACCGCAGAGGCCUGGCCUGGUACCGAGCCCAGAUGCCCCUCACCCUACCUGGUCAGCUCACAGUGGAGAAGACCCCGGGCUACUUUGCGGCUCCACAGGUUCCUGCACGUAUCUGGGACAUGAAUCCCACCAUCCGCUUGUUACUCAUCGUACGAGACCCCGCCGAAAGGCUGGUUUCUGACUACACCCAGGUCCUCCAUAAUCGCCUGACUCGCCACAAGCCCUACCUGCCACUAGAGGAGCUUCUCCUCCACAAGGGCCACAUUGACCCUGGGUACAAGGCACUGCAGAGGAGCUUGUACCAUCAGCAUUUAGCCCGCUGGCUGGAGGUUUUUCCCAGGGAACAGAUCCAUGUGGUGGAUGGUGAUGCCCUCAUUAGGGAUCCUUUUCCUGAGCUGAGAAAAGCAGAGCGGUUCCUGAAUCUACCACCCAGGAUCAGCCCCAACAACUUCUACUACAACACCACCAAAGGCUUCUACUGCCUCCUGUCUGCCGGACACGACAAGUGCCUGGAUGAGUCCAAAGGCAGGCCUCAUGCACCCCUAAGCACCCAGGCCUUCAAGAAGCUCUGCCGCUACUUUAGGAAACCCAACAAGUUGUUCUUUGAAAUGGUGGGGAGGUUGUUUUCUUGGUGUUGACCAGUGGACUACAGCAACCUGGGAGAUGCCAACACAUUCAGGGACUCAGAGGAAGGAAGAAAAGUCUGGUUUGUGUGUUUCGGUUGGUACAUGAGCGGAAGAACUUGAGUUCUAUUGAAGUCUUAAACAUCACUUAUUUGUUGAUACCUACUCAGGUACAAAUGUGGCCAACGACAGCGGCACAUAGAGUAUGUGUGUGAAGAUAUUCAAAAAGCUGUUGAUGAAUAUGUGGCCGACAAAACUUUUACCGUGACCAUGCAGGUGCCUCCCUUGAUAAACUCUCUUGACGGAUCUCCAACAACCGUGCCAUACGCAACGUUUAGACGGACGACACAGCUAACUCCUUGUCUUUGCUUUCUGUGAGGUGUUCAAAACAUGUGCAGACUUUCACUUGACGUAGAAAUAGUCAGUGAAAACAUGAUUUCACUGAUUCAUUGCACUAUAAUCUCUCAUGCAUUUAAAUCCAUUUUCAGUGUAGGCAAAACUGGAAAUCAAUUUUUAUUAACAGCUGUAAGAUGUUUGUGUCAGUAUAACUGUUAUUAGAUUAGCCGUCCUAUUUACUUCAAUCUUUUGGCAUUUUACAAAAGCUGAUGUUUAGAUAUUCAGUGAAGUUUUUUUCUUUUUAGGUUUUUUGAAUGUAGACUUUGGUGUAGUACUCUGACUAUUUUGUGUUUUUUUUAAAGAUGUUCUUCUAAUAAAUGUGUUCACCACUA